UUUAUUGUUUGCUGUCUUCUACUGGGAAUGUCAAAUCAGCUUAAUAAUUUCUUAAUCAAAAUUAUUCUUGAUAUAUAUAAACUGCAAAGGACAAAGACAGACGAUGGAUGACGUAAAUAUUAACGAAAUAUGUCUCGAUAACAUAAAUGUUGAUGUAGAAGUGGAUGAAAAUGAGGACGAUUGGAUAAAAUUAAGUUGGAUUAUCGAUCAUAGUAAUAAUGGUAACAAUUUUCAAUCAUCAGAGACACAAAAGGAUUCAGAUAAUGAGAUUGCACAAAUGAAAGAUAAUGAUAGUAAAGUAUCUUGUAUAAAUACAGAAUCAGAAGAUAUAUCCGAUGGUAUAUCAAUUAUAACGGAAAGUGACACAGAUGUUGUUAAUACAAAUCUCCAAAUUUGUCAAUUUAAUCGUAGGCCAUGCAAGUCUCUACAAAUACUGGAAGUACAAACAAAUAAACAGAAAGAUAUAUGGAACACUCUCAUUGCUUAUGUAUUCGGUAUAAUUGUCGGUGUGACUCUUAGUUACUUUUUCACAAUUUUUAAAACCUGUCCAGUCUCGAAUGGAAUUGAUGUUGAAAGCCUUAAGACUGCAAGUCAUAACAUUGUUAAUACUUGCAAGGAAUUAACAGAUGUGAAAACUAUGUUAAAUGAAAUUAAAGCACAUAUGCCAACAGAUGUAAAAAUUACAGAACAAAUUUUAACACAAUUUAUCGAAAUUACUGAUUCUUCUAAUAAAACAAGUAGUAAACCUAUCACAAUUACUAAGGAAUUUUUCAAUUCUACUUCAUAUCCGUUGGAUCAACUUCAAAAUUCUCUACAUGUAUUGUCAUCCCUGACAUUUAUUUACGAUGAUAAUAAUUCUUUGAAAAAUGACAUUAAUAAGACAUUGGAUAUUGUAAAUAAUACAAAAACAUUUUAUGAUACAUUGACAUUACUUGUGAACAACACGCAAGUUGUAUUUGAUCCUAUUAUCUUAGACUAUUUGCAGCACAACAGUGAUAGAAUGCAAAUUGCUUCUAAAUCACUUCUCACUAAUUUAAUAAAAAAAGUGAGCAAAGUAAUAUUAAAAGUAUAUAAUAAAUAUGCUAAAGAGAGACAUAGAUUGAGUAAAACAUUGUGUCAUUUGAAAAGUAAACUAUCUGAUGAUAAACUUUUAAAACAAUUGACCGAGAAUAAUGAGUUGUUUAAAGAUCAUGAUAAAUUUUGUUUCUCAAACUAUAUAUCAAAAAAUUUGGUUAGCGAAACGACUACAAAAGAAAAUACAAAGACAAAAAAUGUAAAAGAGCAUAUAAAAACCGAUAAUACAGUAUUAAACACAAAAUAUGAUAAAAAGUAUACUCAUAAAAUUCAUGAUAAUGAUAAAGAAGACGCUUUGAAAAAUAAAAAGAAGAAAAGACAAAAUACAGACAAAUUUAGUACUAUGAAAUUUUUGCGAAAUGCCAGAAAUGAGAUACGUAACACUUCUCAGUUACUUAUCUCUAAGGUAAUAGAAAAUAUGAAUAAAUUAAGACAUCAAUUGAAAAAGAAAUUAUACCAUUUGAAAAAUAUACUAUACGAUAAUGAAUUCUUAAAACAACUGAUUGAGGAUAAUGAAGAAGAUAUUAAAGAAUCAGUUGAGUAUUGCGAAGGAAAGAAUGAUGACUUACGAUCAGAUAAUAGUUUUGAUAUUAUUUUAGCGCAACUGAAAGAUACAUGUCCACUUUCCACUAACUAUUGUUCAGAAUUUAAUAUUAAUAUGAGCAUAUUUGACACCGUACCGACUUAUAAAACAAAGAAUUAUAAAUAUAAAUAUGAUAGCAAGAAAACUGUAAUGGAUCACGAAAAUUCUGUAAAAAUUUUGCCUGCCAAAGAAACAAACAGACCAAAGAAAAAAGAAUAUUUUAAAUCAAAUGGCCUCACCAAAAAUGUCAUUAAUGAUAAAGCAAAUUAUGAAAAAAAGUAUAUACCCUCUCAAAAUAAAAUAAAGAAUCACAUAUCGGAGCAUACAGUUAAUUAUCAUAUGUCUAAACAUUCUUCGUUUGAUAGUUGCACAAUGAAACAAGAUAAUCAACACUAUAUAAAUACAAAUGAAAGGAAUAAUAAGGAAAGAUCUUAUAAGUAUAGCAAGCAUCGACAACUUGACGAUUCGGAUUGGUAUUUUCGACGAGUUUAUUCCCGUAGAAAUGCACGAAGACGUGUGAAUCAACCUAACGAUUCGGAUUGGUAUUUUCAACGAGUUUAUUCCCGUAAUGCACGAAGACGUGCGAAAAAUAUAUAUCAAUAGGAUGCCAAAUGAUUUUAGAAAAAUCGACGAAUUAUAAAUUAUUA